AUGAGUGAUUGGAGUGCCUUAGGCCAAUUUCUGGACAAGGUCCAAACUCACUCCACAGCUGGAGGGAAGGUGUGGCUCUCAGUCCUUUUCAUUGUCCGAGUGGUGCUACUGGGGACUGCGAUUGACUCAGCCUGGGGUGAUGAGCAGUUUGCCUUUCGCUGUAAUACUCGACAACCUGGCUGUGAGAACGUCUGCUUUGACCAGUCUUUCCCAAUUUCUCAUGUGCGCUUCUGGAUCCUGCAAAUCAUAUGUGUGUCUGUACCCACACUCCUGUACCUGGCUCACGUCAUCUUUGUGAUGCGAAGAGAAAAGAAGCUGAACAAGCAAGAGAAGGAACUCAGAGCUGUCCAAACUGAUGGUGAUAGUGUGGAGACGGCCUUGCAAGAAACUGAAAUAAAGAGGUUUCAGUAUGGUAUUGAUGAACAUGGCAACAUAAAAACGCGAGAAAGCUUGCUGCAAACCUAUAUUAUCAGUAUUGUCUUCAAGUCUGCAUUUGAGGGGACUUUCUUGCUGAUCCAGUGGCACCUCUAUGGGUUUAGUCUGAGUGCAGUUUACACUUGCAAAAGAGAUCCCUGCCCUCAUCAAGUGGACUGUUUCCUCUCUCGCCCCACAGAGAAAAGCAUCUUCAUCAUCGUCAUGCUGGUGGUGUCUGUUAUGUCUCUUGCCUUGAAUAUCAUUGAACUGUUCUGUGUCUUAUUCAAGAGCAUUAAAGACAACAUGAAGGAACAGAGUGAUCUUUGCCACAGUACAAAUAGUCCCAGGAGCACCUCCAAAGACCAAGAUGGUCCACAAUAUGUUAGAUUCAGUGACUCUUCCUCAUCACCUAUUACACUGACAUCUGUGUCUCUUCCCAGGAGCAAGCUGUCUGCUGGAGACACAAUCAGUUUUUCCAGUUAUAAUCAUAACACACGAAGAAGUAAGUCAAGCCAUGCCAGUUAG